CCGCGCACACAAACUGCGUGGGUCGGAAUUUAAGAACAGCUAAGCGGCGCAACACACGGAGUCUCGAUCCGCCAUGGACUCUUUUAGAGGAUAUCUGGUUUUUCUGACGCUAAUAGCGGUGAGCGCUGGGAAAGUUUUACCAGACUCUGAAUGUUGUCUUCAAAUGGAAGUUGGUAUUCCCACUGACAUCUUGGAAAUGCUAAAACGGGAACCAAAGGACUCUAAUCCUGCAGUGAGACAGAAAGGUCCUCAUAUAAAGAUUGACUCCAUUGCUCCAUCCAUUCCUUUUCCUCUUGCAUAUCCAACUAAAGACAACAUCUAUUUCAUUUGUCGGUAUAGUAAUCGUCGCCCUCGGUAUACUAGCGACAUGCUACCAAGAAGUGGCUUUGGUUACUUACUCCGUCAGGCCAAUGCUGUCAAUCAGUUGGAGUCCUGGUUUACUGUGUGCUGCAGUAAUGGCACUCAAGAUGACGAACUGACUCUGUGCUGUGCACGGCAGGCGUGGGAGAAGUCACUCUCUAAGUUCUGUAAAGAGGAGUUCAGCGUUAAGACCAGUCACUAUCACUGCUGUAAGAAGAAAGGGCCAGCGAAAUGGGACUGCUUCAAGGAGGAGGCUACAGACCAAUCUUACCAGCUCCUUGGCCCUGAAGUGCAAACCACACUUCCUUCCACAGUCCAAGAAUUUAACUUUAGCCCCAGUAGCUGCCAGGAAACAAGUGUUUCUGCAACCACUCCCAGAGCAGAGAUGGUGACUGAAGCCCCAGCUGCAAGAUUAAUUGGGCAGAGAUUAGUGAUCCCUCAAAUUUCCAUGUCUUUAGAAGAGGAAGGUCCUUAUGUAUUCAGUCCUCGCUCAAUGAGACCAACUGUUCUUUUUCCUCUCGCUCGUCCAACUACCACCAACAUCCUUGCCAUCUGUCAAUAUAGUAACCUGCGCCCCCGAUAUUCUACGAUGCUACCUAGCAGUGGCAUGCGACGUCAAGCCAGUGCUGUUAAUCAGCUGGAGUCCUGGUAUACUUCGUGCUGUGCUAAUGGCAUUUCAGAUGAUGAGAUGACCCUGUGCUGUGCACAGCAGGCGUGGGAAAAGUCACUUUCUGCUUUCUGUAAAGACGAAUUCCGCAUUAAAACUAGUCACUAUUACUGCUGCAAGAAAUAUGGGCCAGCCAAAUGGGACUGCUUUGAGAAGGCAGGUUCAGAUAUGUCAUACCAGCCCUCUGGCCAUAGAGUGCUGACCGUGCCCCCCUCCACAAGUCGGGGCUUUGAUUUCGAUCCCAGUAUCUGCCAGAAUUCAAGUAUUUUAGGGUUUACUUCUAAAGGUGUGAUUGAAACACCAUACAUCGGCUUUCCCCCUGGUCGCCCGAAUUCUUACAACAUUGGACCAAUUUGUGUUUUUCACAAGAAGCGCCCCCGCUACCUCAUCAAUUGUUUGCCUCGUACAGGAUUUGAUUGGUUUGCCCGUCAGUUAAAGGCUGUAAAUUUUAUGGAAAAAGGCUUUGGACGAUGCUGUAAGGAGAAGAAAGAUAUUCAAGCUUGUGCUGAGGGAAAGUGGAAGAUGAUGGUGGAUAAAUUCUGUAAGGAUGAGAAGAAGGUACAAGUAAAUCAGUUUGAAUGCUGUAAAAGGAAGAGAGGAGAAGAGCAAUAUAAAUGUUUUAGUUCUGCUGCCCAAAAUCCAAGCUACAUGAUUUGGAAUGAGGAGAUAACGUUUGUAGAGCCGCCUCACCUAAGCAUGUUUUGUAAAACCUACACAUCUCUUAAGAAAAUGAAACAUUUGCCUUUCUCUGUUGAUGAAAUGGCUGAAAAGUGCUGCACCCUAGUGGAAGAUAAGAGAUCUGCAUGUCUGCAGCUACAGCUGGACAACAUUUUGGAUGAUGCAUGCAACACAGAUGAUCCAUCAUUAGCACAAGUAAAGCAAAAAUGUUGUAAAAAGACUGCCAUGGACAACUCUGAAUGCCUCACCAAGCUGCUCUUGCACAAAAUUGCUAAAGCAAACGGGAUUAACAAGCCUCGCAAGAUAUGUCCAUUUUCAUAAUAAUUUUUUUUUCAUCAUUUUGGGCUUAUGUUGAGCCAAUAACAAUGAUUGGUACAAAAUAAAUGUGAUGUUUUUGUGUGGUUAACAUUUUCAAAUGAGCAACACUAGAUCAUAUAACAAUGCCACUUACAUUAGUGAUUUGUUUUUGGUAGAUGUCUUAUUCACCUAUUAAUGGGUCAUUUGGUUCAGAGCUGCAUGGACAGAACACAAUUACUUUAAAUACUAAAAGGAUUGCAAAUUGCAAAAUGUAUUCAAUAAAAAUAUUUCUUUACAUA